AUGAGUUCGCAAGGAGUCACCCGCAAGAGAGCUGCGCCAGGAGCAGUUCCACCUCCCCAUCCUCAAAUGAAUCCUGUACCGAGCUUUCCGACCACCACGAACCCCGGCUCUCAACUCUCAAACGACCAAUUCUUACAAUGGGGCCAGAACCCCCCCGCCAAUGCCAUCAAUACCUCUACCUUCUCCGAUCCAUCAUACAACACCGCAGGCUUUGCGCCACCCCAGGAUGUGUCGGCACCGACCGCGACAGCAUCCAAUCAAUUAGCACGCCGACAAGUGAACCAGGUUGUCAGCCGAAACCGUGGCUACGAGCAACCUCCGGCCUCAUAUGUGGAAAAUGGGGGAAACAGUGGCAAUGGUGAAAGUGGCGCAUGGGGAGAAUCUCUAGAGGAGCUCUACCGCAGAGCUUUGACUGCAAAGAGAGAUUCACAGGCGAAACGAAAGCAAAUCCCGCCUUUUGUUCAGAAACUGAGCAGGUAUGACACGCCCAUCACUCUAACUGAGAAACGCAGCUUCCUGGACGAAUCCAAGAACACGGAAUUGAUUCGAUGGUCAGACGAUGGCAAUUCCUUUGUCGUUCUGGACGAGGAUGAGUUUGCAAGGACCUUGAUCCCAGAGCUUUUUAAACACAAUAACUACGCAUCAUUUGUUCGUCAAUUGAACAUGUACGGAUUCCACAAGAAAGUCGGACUUUCCGAUAAUUCAAUGCGCGCCAGUGAACGAAAAAACAAGAGCCCCAGCGAAUAUGCCAACCCUUAUUUCAAACGAGGCCAUCCAGAUUUGCUAUGGCUCAUUCAGAAACCAAAGAAUGCCGGAGGUGGCCAUGCAACAAGGGCAGCGCGCGUGAAGACGGAGGAUGUGGAUGAGCACGAUAUCGAUGAUUAUGUCGAGGAAGGUGCAGCAGUUCCUCGCGACAACCGUGCCGCUAGGCCACAUCAAUUGUCAUUAGUCACAGAUAAUCCUGUGCCGAAUGAUCAACUUUCCGGGGUAUAUCGCGAACUUCAAGCAAUUCGUCAGCAACAGUCGAUAAUCUCCACCACAAUCACCAGGCUACGGAAAGAGCACGAGCAACUCUAUGCCCAGGCCGCAAACUUCCAGGAGCAACACACUCGCCACGAGAAUUCAAUCAAUGCCAUUCUUACAUUCCUUGCAACCGUAUACAAUCGCAGUUUGCAGGGAGAAGGGGGACCUCAGAACCUGGCGAAUUCUUUUGCGGGCGCCAUUUCGCAGGACCAAGGCAACAUCGUGGAUGUUGAUGAUGACUAUCUUAGUAAUGCUUUAGGAUCAAUGGCCAGUCCCAACGGCCAGCGAACAAUGAAGAAACAGCCUCUGCUCUUAAAGGCUCCGCCCACAACGGAUGCAUAUAACCGGGCGUCCACGAUCUCACCAGCAGCCAGUGGUUCAUAUGACAUGCGGUCUCGGGGUCAUACUCGGCAACCCAGCGCCACCCAGCACGGCCACGUGGAAGAGGUUUUUGACCACAGUCCUCGGCCCGCUUCGAACGUUCGUCCCGGACAACCGACAGAUGAGAGUUCUCCUCAAAGGGAUAUCAUGUCUGUAAUCCAGAAUUCCAAUGCACGCAGCGGGCUCUCCACCAAUUUUUCCGAAUUCCCCAAUGUGCUCUCUUCCCUCGAAACCCAUGGUGGCAAUGUUCCUCUUACAGCAAAUCAACGUGCCGACAUGCUUCGACUCAUGGCUCAUGAGACAAACUCAUCAGAACCCAAUGCUGGGGUCUCACCCAAUAAUGCCCUCAUUUCGCCAAACCCACCACCCAUGCCCCACAACUACUCAGGCAGGCUAGCCAGCACCCGACAAGAGAUCGACAACCUCGUCAAGAUGCAAGCCGAACAGGAUCGUUCUGUCCAGAAUUUGACUAGCCUCCUCCAGCCGUUGAGUCCGAAUGGUACUAUCCCCGGCAUCGAUAGUGAUGGCAAUGUACCUCCUCCCCCGCUUGACCUCGACCAAAUCUUCAACAAUGACUAUUUCACGGAUAUUGGAGAUACGGGUUCCGAUAUCAAGAAACAGGCUGAGAAUCCGAUGAGCCAUUUGGGGACAGGCCACAACACCCACGAUCCUGUGGGGGCUAUCCAAGGUGAUAACGCGGACACCAACGACCUGUUCGAUUUUGACCAUAUACCUACCGAGCCUGAUCUCUUUGAAACCCCUCACCACACGCACGGGGACGCUGCCUACAACUAUGCUUUCGACGGUUCCGGGUAUGAUGAAUCCGGGCGUGUGAUUGAACAGUUGACGGACAGUGAAGCCACUAGUCCCACAGCGACAGAGAAUCUAGUAGAGGCUGUGGAUGAUGGCGGCAGCGCAACGAAACGGCGCCGAAAGGCGUGA